ACAUGUUAUCUGUGGUAGCAAGUGAUAGCAAGAUUGAUUUUUGUUGGGAUUCGGUAAACCAGCUGUUAGCUGCAACGACUGCAUUGCGCCUGCCUGAACUUUAAUGCACUAAAAAAGCUAUCUGAGUCUGAGCCCCGGAUACAAUUUGAGCCAGUUUGCGUUCUGCUAUCAUCAUGAGUGCCGCCGCAGUUGACGAGAGAGUUUAUGAAGAGCUUCAAGCUCUGGAGGCGAUAUUUGCCCCAGACAUCGUAAUAAAACGAGAGGAUGGGGUACCGAAAAGUGUUGAAAUAAACGUCCUUCCUUCUACUGGUGAUAAGAGCGAUGAACAAUAUGUUCGCUUAACUCUGGAGGUAUACCUAACUCCUGAAUAUCCAGACAGCAGCCCCAAGGUCAUCAUGAGGAACCCCCGAGGUCUUGAUGAUAGGAUUUUAUCUUGCAUUCAAUCAGAUAUAGAAGACAAGUUGCUGGAAAACAUUGGGCACCUGAUUGUUUAUGAACUGAUUGAGAUGGUAAGGGAAUGCCUCACGCAAUGCAACCUGCCUCGUGGGCAAUGCGUCAUCUGCCUUCACGGGUUUGUCAAGGGCGACGUCUUCAUCAAGACGCCCUGUUUCCAUUAUUUCCAUAGCCAGUGCUUGUCGAAACACUUCAUUGCUGGGAAGAAGUACUAUGAAGAAGAAAUAGAUAAGCUACCCACAUGGCAAAAGAUUGAGGCCAAGCCGUAUCAGCAAACUUGCCCUGUCUGCCGUUCGACUGUACAAUUUAAUGUGGAUGAGCUGAAGAAAGCACCACCACCAGUGGAAUCUAUUGACGCUCAACCAUUCCACCUUACUGAUGAAAUACGGGCUAUGCAAGAACGCAUGGCGGCCCUGAUGGCGCAUCAAUUAGCUCGCGGUGGGGUGAUUGGAGUUGGUGAUACUGAACCUCCACCGCUCAUCAUCACCGAUCCUGCUGAUCAGGAGGAGCCCAAGUCGUCCACGAGCGGCACGCAGAACGCGCCCAAGCCGGAGACGUCCAGUAGCGUGCGGGCCACGGGCAACUCCAACGCGUCCGUAGCGCCCGCUUCCCCCACCCGCCCGCCGUACCGCGGCCCGUAUAGGGGUUUCAACCGCCGCGGCAAACCCGGCCGGCGCGGGCGCGGCGGUUCGCGGUGACCCGCAUCGCCAACCGACCCGCCCGCCACGCCCUAGCGACCUAGCACACGCGCGAGCCCCACCGCACACACGCACGGACAGACGGACAAACGUACACACGAACAAACAUAUGAUCAUACAGACGAGCAUAUAGAUAAACAUACACUUACAUACAGACAUACAGAUGAAUGUACACACGAACAACAUAACACUACAGAUUGUUCGUAUAACUUGAUGAAUAUAUGCCAGCAAAAUUUCGAAAUAAACAAACGCACACGGAAACAACUUGACACUAUAUAUUGGCGAUAUACGAGUGAUGUGAUAAACAUAUACCGUUUAGUAGUAUUUGGGGGUAGUUGCAAAAAAAUUCUAGCAAAAUACCCGCUUUUUGGUGUAUUUGCUGGUAUUGGCAAAUAUUUUGUUCCAGAAUACAAUCUAUUUGACAAAUUUGUUGGUUUAACUCUGUGCUGCCGAUAUAAAGCAGUUACUUGCAAAAAAAUUCUUGUCAAUUGCCUGCAAUUUUUCGAUCAGGCGGGUUUUGGCAAGAGUUCUUGUUCCGAAUACCCUCAAUUUGACAACGGUGCGGGCGUCUAUUCGUCAAGUAGUAUCCACUAUGGUGAAUUUCUUUUUAACAUUCUACAUUUUAACAAACAGACUAUAUUCUACUAUAUCGUUAUUUUUCGACGUUUUUUCAAAGAGUUGUGUUCUAUUUUCAUGUUCAAUUUAGUAACGAGACGUUGUAAUGAUUACGAGAAAAUCAGCUUUAAAUUGAAAGUUUUAAAACACAUAUUCGAUUACCGUUUAGUAAACGUCGGACUGCUCAAUUACGUGACUUUUAAAGUCGUCGAUCGAGAAUCGAAAAUCGAUUUUACGUAUAUGCUAUUAAUAAGUUCCUAUACAGGGUCCCUUUUUAAGUUAACCGACUCAGUCGGAGUAUACAGACUGACGAUUUACCUAAUACGUACGUUUUGUAUUACCAAAAACUAACAGCAAAAUAUAUAAGCUUUUUUACACUAUAAUCCUCGUAUGCCUUAAUUAUUUGCUAUUAGAAAGCUGGCGUCCUUGAUCAGUUAUUAAUUAAAUUAAUCUAUCGCUACUAAGUAACCUUCCACCCCCUCCCAAUCCGCAGUUAAUAUAAUCGAUUUUUGAUUCUGAAACGUAGUCUGUUAAAAAGAAUUCAUCGAAUUGCUUUUAAAGUUCACAUUACAUCGGCAAGAUUUCUGCAGAUUUAUCACAAAAUGUACUGACACAUUGAUAUUGUUCAAGCGAAAUUGAUCCUUCGAUACCUUAAAAUAAUAUAACUCCAUGGUCAGUCUGCAUAGCAAACCCGCAGUAUUAAAACCUCUUAAAAAAACAUAGAAAAAAAGGACUGCGUGGUUUGAAACAAUUUACGGGCGGCUUCAAAUUUAUAAGUGUUUAUAAUAGUUAAUGUUAUAUAAUGUAUACCUACCAUUGUAUCGCAAAUAUAAGUGUUGUGUGUAGUUUUAUUGACAUACUAUACGCACAAAGUGAAUUAUUAAUAUAUUAAGAGUCUCUAGUCCUUCAACGGACAACAGUUGUGUAUGAAAGAAUUAUUUUAAACGAAAUGAUUGUGACUCGAUCAAUCGAAUCUUCUUUUACCGUAAAUGAGUUUCGUGCUUGUUUCUCAAAACUGCAAUGUAUUGAUGUCAUUACAUGUUGUUAUGUUUCUAUCGGCAUUAAAUACCAUAUAAAUUAAUGAUAUAAUGAUAAUAAUUAUCUAUAUAAAAAUGUAAUAGAAGUAAACUUAUACUAGUAAAUUGUAUUGCUUUGAUAAUUAAUUGGCGUUAUACUUGUAUGUUUUAUAAAUUUUAAUAAUUUUACAUUUUAGAAGCAUUAAAAUAUCUUACCUAUUAUUUAAUAUUUUCGCUGGCGUAACUUGAUAUGCGCAAUGAUAACAAAUCAUGAACGUUAUGCUUUAAUUAAAGACAAUUUAGAAUAAUAUAGAUAAGAUAAAUUUACAAAUUUACUCUUUUCGUGUAAAAUAUUAGUAUAAAUAUCUAGAAGGUGGAUCUGUUAUAUGCGGGUCGCAGGUAGUAACGCUGCUAUAAAUUUAAUCGAUGCAUUGUAUCUCGACUGUACUAUCUGCUUUUCCUAAGAUCAUCUGUUACGUCUGUCUCUGUAGCCAGCCUUGUGAAACUCGAUGAUUGCAUUGCACUCGAUAAUUCGAAUGAUCUGCUGUUCCUACAAUUAACUGCUACUACAACUUACUACUUACUACCUACUAUUUACUACCUACCUAUUUACCUACUUUUCUGCACACCUAUCUUGUGCUUCAACAAAAAUCCACAUCGUCUAGAUCGUAAUUGUCGACUAAUGCUACGGUUUCCGGCGUUGGUAUCAAGCGUAGAGAUUUUUUAAAGUCUAGCCAAAAAAUUGUAGUCUUCAUAUAUGUAUCAGAGAUAUAAUUCUGUAUGUAUUUCAAAGAUAAUGUAAUCCUCUAGUGUUAGAUAGAUAAGUGUGUUAUAAAUUUGAAGUCGCCCCCUACAGUAUACAGUAAUGGUGGGGCUGCACAAAUAAUGUUAAAUUCAAUGUACUCGUAGCUUAAGAUACGGUUCUGUGACGCGUCCUAGUCAUCCCCUAGAUUCCAAGUUAAUGUUAAUAUAAGUGACCCUUGAAUGUAUGUUUGUUUACGUAAAGGAUGAAACGGAAAGUGAUGCAUGGAAAAUUAGCAUAUAGGCUAUUUCUGACAAAAUUAUGGUACUUUAAAAUUGUCAUAAUUACAAAUAAACAUCUGUUUUAUUCUGAGAUUCAAGGAAAAUUGAUAAUUUCUACGAAUUGUCUAUGUUAAGCUUAAAUAGACAAUUAACAUGUUCCGCCGUUUCGUCCUUUGCUUCUAUAGCCAUUGUCAGUGAUUCAAAUAAUUUUUUAAAAUAAGGGAUCGUUCGCAGAAAUAUUCCUAUUAAUUUACUGAAGAACUCACUCAUAGUAAUUGUUCGGUAAGUUUAAUUUGAAAGCUGUACGUACUUGUAUGGUAUUUUAUGAAGAGAUUGGACCGCUAUCCUUAUUCAAUGUAUGGCAUUAGAGAAAGACGAAACAUCCAACGGGCUUGUAAAACCGUUCUAUAGUAGACGCAGUACGAUGCAGCGAGUAUAAUAAUUGAUCUGUAUAUUUUUAAGGCUUCUUUUUAAACGGACGUCAUGCUUCUUGCAUAAUGCUUAUGACGAGAAUCAGUCAGAGAGUGUGUCAUACGCUGGCUUGAUAAUUUCCUCAAGCUACUCGUCAAGCGGCAUGAACGUCUUAGAAAUCACUGAAAAUGGCUUAGUACUUUAAUAGGAAUGUGCACUUUGCUACAAUGAGGAUAGAGUUCAAUGCAGCUUGGCAGUUUAUGUAUCUCAGAUACGAUUUUUACCAUUUUUAUUUAUAGUUUAAGUAUAGCGGCGUACUAGUGUAUGGCUGACGGGAUAUUUAUAUUUAAGUUUUGUAAAUACGGCUAAGACUGUUUUAUAGUUUAAUUUGUACUUAUUUAUUAUUUAGGUUUAGUAAGGGCUAGCUUUUGAAUUAAUUGUUCAAGGCUCAUAGAAUUGUUUAAAUGCAGAUCAUUCCACACAAUAUCAAGACGCUUAUAUAGGUUUAUAUUUUAAAGCAUAACUCAUAGAUUAAGUAUAACUCGUAAUAAUAUUUUAAAAGCUUCAAACUUCAUUCUAAACUCUUUUGAUAUAAAUUUGCCUUUUUGAAUAUUUGAAAAAGGAAUGGUAUAAUGCAUUAGAUAUGUUUUAAUUAUAAACAUUUCAAAGAUAACAUAGAUUUAGCUAGCCCUAUGUUUGUGUCCGUAGAUUAUAUUAAGUUUAUAUUUGAGCAAUCUUGCAGCUUUAAUAAAUGAACAUUGAAUUGUAAAUUCAUGUACCAUUGUAAUACUUCAUGUAUGUAUUUUAAUAUUUAGCAACGACUUUGUUUGCAUCAACAUUGGUAGAAUAAAAUUUUAACGAAUUUCUGUAGGUGUCCUGUAUCUGAUGUACUAUGCUCAAUGGCAUUUAUAGUUUUGCAUGCAGGUGUAGUAAUAUGAAUUCUUAGGCUCCUGAACUAGCUUAAAACUAUGUCUCAGGAGCUAUCACAUUAUUAUGCACUGUUCACAUCAAAAAAAUUAUCAACAAACAACUGUUACAUUCUUCGCACAGCGGACAUUUGCCGCACUGCUAAUGACGUCACUGUGUCUAUGAAAAUAUAAUCUUAGUAAGCACGUUUGCGGUUUGCAAAGGAAGGCGGGUCAUGUCAGUCAGGGUUGUAAACACAGAGUUUUUUAAAUUUAUCUAAUAGAAUUUAUAUGCGUCGGGGAUUUUAUGAGUAUUUUUAUGUCAUUAACGUAUGCAUAACUUCCAUUGAGCAUAGAACACAUGCGGGCAGCUUGUAUAAAAUGUACAUCGGCAAUGAUGCCUGUUUUAUCAAUGAUCUUCGAAAUUGUUUAUAGGCUUUUAUUUUUCGCGAUAGUAACUUAAGAUAUGAUAAAUAGUUAUUUUUCUUCUUUCGAAUGAUAUUGUGAAUUAUUUAAUUUUUAAUUACUAUUAAUACGCGGGAAGUUUGGGACCGGAAGGUACUUAGAUAUUUAGUGUUCGUGAAUUUAAUCUAAUUCAAAUCUCAGCGUUUGCUGAAUCUUUUAAAUUAGUAUGUAAUUUUACAAUGUUUCGCUAUUGGGUUAACUACAUGAACGUGAUAUAAUCCAUAUUUUACACCUGUCAUCAUCAUCAGUCCAUAUUUUACCCACUACUGGGACACAUCUGUUAUGAGGGUUAAGGACUUUUGGCCUAAUCCACUGGUGUGGCCAAUUGCGAGCUGGAAGAUGUCACAUUUCAUCGAUCUUUUUAUUCUUGGACGUGCCAGUUUCUUCACGAUGUCUUCACCGUUUCGAGCAUUGGUGAUGUCGCGAACCACCACAGAGGUCCCAACCAGGAAGCCACCACUGCUCUUACAUCUAUAGUGUUGCCUUAUUCGUUCCAAUGUCGAAUGUUUGAAAAAAGACUUGUUAUAAUUAUAAAGAGAUCGAGACCAUUGAGUAGAUAGUUAAAUAAUUUGAUAUAAUCUGUGGAUGAAUAUUAUAUCUCAUUAAACAUCGACAUAUUUGAUCGAAUAAGUUAACUAUUUAUAUGCAUAAGCGCUCCAAUCUGAAUAUGGUUCACUUACAAAAGCAAAUCUUCAUUGCUAGUUCAAGUAGUCAACCAUAGCGUUAAUAAUAUUUGUAGCUAUAUAUCUAUUAAUGUUAAUGUAUCGCAUAUGGAACGUGUAUUCGGUAAUUGUCAGUUUCGUAAUGUUAUGUCUAUGUAUUAGAUACCUAUGAAAAUAAAUUUAACCAAAGA